AUCGCUUUCGCACAAGAGAUCGAGUGGAUUUCCAAGGAGCCUGCCUUGGUUGUCUGGACCGACCCCGGGCGUCCACAGAUCUCGUCACUUGGAUUGCCAUGUCCUACUGGAACACCUACGCUGCUGACUCUUUGGAUCGGCAAGGACUCCUCGAGAGGGCUUCACAUUUUGCUGCAUCUUCGUAUCACUAUUCGAGUCUCAAAACGUCGAAAGACUCUCGACCAUUUUCUGCUCCCUUGUCCAAGUACCUGUGCGACCGAGAGCUCUUCAGUUGUCAACCUGGACGAUGCUUCGGAGGACGUUAGCCAGUGUCUGAAAGAAGCGUAUGGAAAAUCGUCCACGAGAAAAUGUCUUCGUGUCCCGUUUCGUCAACCCAAGCGGGGUCGUGUAUUGAUGCCUAUUGCGCCCGAGAAUGCACCAUGCCUAGGGGGCACUGCUCUACAUCUGUUGACUCUGCUUCGUUCGCUUGCCUGCGCGCAUACUUUCGACAUUUUCGUUGGCCACAGCAGUUAUGCUCAACAGGCCUUGACGAGUUUUCAAGGCGAUGUUUCUGUGAGCGAAGUGAAUAUUGACCUACUUCGCUCCUACAGCGAGAAAGGGGGCGUGUUCGACGACUGGCGUCGGAUUGGUGAACAACCGAAUGACUGUUCGAAUCCCCAGAAGGCUCUGUCCUCAAGCCGAGAAUGUCCAGAGAAUAGUCAUAAAGGCGUCAGGAAUAUUGGUCGCGCAACAACCCCCGAAGUUCCUGUAAAUCAAUUCGAGCAUGUGCAACCAACAUGCUCACCACCUCCUUAUUCUCCACCAUUGCAGACUACUCUACCCGCGACGCCAAACAACACUCGCGUGCCCCUGAAACGACCUCGCGUGUCUUCGACUGACCUGAGCAUAGUAUCAGCUACUUUUGAAACCGACCCACCACCCACGAAAACAGCGAGGUCGCACUCCACCUCAAAGUCUUGUUCGCCAACCUUUUUCAAUAAUUAUGACAUUCUACACGACACGCUACCAUUCCCGUCGCUGGAGCAAGCAUUAUACUCAUCGACAGUGGUCAACACCCCAAGCACUAUAGAAGUCCUACAUACGAUUCAUGACGAGCCCCAUACACCCACCGUCGCUGCCAAGGAUAAAGGAAAUGGCGCCUUUCCUGGCCCUCUGCUGAGUAUUCAAGGAGACACGUCUCCCUCGGCUAUUUCGACUUCAGACCGGUCCGAAACGCCUGGUAUCAAGCCUACAAUUUUCAAGAAUAGACCUGUGCUUCCUAAAUACUCGCCUAAAGCAAAAGAUGUGGCGUGUCAAACAGACCAAGAGCACCUCUCGAUAAAAGUUGUCAGGAGUUUUACAUCAGCUUACGAAUCUUUGGACAUGAUUCCACCAACAUCUGUCCUACGUUCAUUGAACAAGGAACUUCGUACGCUGGUGUCUGCUCAAGUACCCCUGCUUACCGAGCAAGCUUUGCAACGUGUUAUGGAAGACCUUCUAGACUCGCUCGAAUACAGUCAAAAAGUCGCGGAGAUUGGCCUGCAUGAAACCUCGGACGAUCUUAAAGUUGAGCUACAGCUUGAAACAGAGAAGGGUGUCGAGGAGAUUGGCGAUCAUGCAGGAGACACCCUCACUGACGUCAAAAGUCAGAUGGAAGAUCUGGCAAGUGGACAUCUGCUAGCUUUUGAAGACAUGCUGCAACGAACUGGGGAACAGCUGAGAACUACCCUCAAGGCUUUCUUGGAGGUUCUUGCCAAAGCAGUGACAAUAAACAAUCAUAAUGCCGACCAAACAGUCAGUAACAACACGAUUCCGACGCAAUGUCGAGACCAGCAAUCUGCAGUCUCAUGUGACUCACGGCGACCGGCGGUACCUGCUAUUGCUAGCUCAUCAGUAGCAGCUGCUGCUACGAAGCUUUUUCUACACGAUUUCGGAGACCUUUGCAUGACCGCGAAGGUGAAAGUUCUUGACAGACUUGCGAGUCACAAUACAGCAGAGGUUUUCUUGACAGUUGACAAAGAGCUUCGCGAAGCUUGGGUUGCCAGCUGGACCGGACAGACUCUUCCU